AGUCGUCGGCACCCGGCCGGCUCGCCAUUAUCGCGUCGGUGUACCCCCGAGGUACGUCCCGUACAACAUUGUUGCGUAUCGACGUUUCGAUACAUCUCGUCACUAUCGAAUCGACGCGCACCAUGUUCGCGCCCGUUGCGUUCCUGUGGUUGAUCGCCUCCGGCGCGCUCGUGUCGUCCGAGUACGUGUACGAGGGCCUCAGCAACUCGUUCGAACCCGAUUGGUGGCAGUCCAGCAUCAUCUAUCAGAUUUACGUGCGAUCGUUCAAAGACAGCGACGGCGACGGUAUCGGAGAUCUGAACGGUAUAACGGAAAAAGUCCCGUACUUCAAAAGUAUUAACGUCGAAGCCGUGUGGCUAUCGCCCAUAUUCCUUUCGCCACAAAACGAUUUCGGUUAUGAUAUAUCGGACUACAAAGAGAUCGACCCGUUGUACGGCACAAUGGAAGACUUUGAACGCAUGAGGGAUGAGUUUCAUAAACACGGCAUAAAAAUCCUGUUGGAUUUUGUACCCAACCACACUAGUGACGAACACGAAUGGUUCCAAAAGUCGAUCCAGAAAAUCGCGCCGUUCACCGAAUAUUAUGUAUGGAAAGAUCCGAUCAUCGAUCAAUAUGGCAACAGAACGCCUCCGAACAACUGGUUGGGCGUAUUCAACAGCGGAUCCGCGUGGGAGUGGAACGAGAUUCGGCAACAGUACUAUUUGCAUCAGUUCCAAGUGAAACAACCGGACCUGAACUACAGGAAUCCGUCGGUCGGGGAGGAGAUCAAGAACACGUUGCUGUACUGGCUGGGACGCGGCGUGGACGGCUUCAGGUUCGACGCGGUGAACUACAUGUACGAAAGAGAAGACCUGGCCGACGAGCCGAAAUCGAACAAAGUCGGUUACCUGGACACGGACUACGACUCGUUGACGCACACCAGCACACUCGACCAACCGGAGACCUACGUCAUGGUGCAAGAGUGGAGGAAGCUGUUGGACAGCUACCGGACCAGAGAAAAGAAAACCAAGUUCAUGAUGGUGGAAUGUUACUCGCCUUUCGACAAGACCCUACUGUACUACGGAAAUCGUACUACGCCCGGCGCUCAUUUCCCGUUCAACUUCAUGUUCAUCGGUAUGUUCAACCAGCAAUCCAACGCCGAAAUGGUUCAUUCGUUGGUGAAGCAGUGGCUUACGAGUAUGCCUAAAGGCAUGUGGCCCAACUGGGUGCUGGGCAACCACGACAACACGAGAAUGGCCACCAGGACCAAUCCGAUGUUGGUCGACGGACUGCACAUGAUCCAAAUGCUGUUGCCGGGCACGUCGGUGACUUAUUACGGUGACGAACUCGGUAUGAUCGACACAAACGUGCGUUGGGACCAGACCGUGGACCCGGCCGGUCUGAACGUGGGCCCGUACCGAUUCCAGAAGUUCAGCAGAGAUCCGGCGCGAACGCCUUUCCCGUGGGACGGCUCGUACAACGCAGGUUUUUCCAAUUCUUCUUCAUUGUGGUUGCCUCUCAAUUCGGAUUACUGGCGGAAAAACAUGGAAAAUGAAUCGAAAAUCAAAAGCAACCUGAGAACUUACAGACAACUGUCCCAGCUGAGGCAAAGUCCCACGUUCAUUAAGGGUGAUUUGCAUCUGUACACCCUUUCCCAUUGGGUGUUUGGAUUCUCGAGGAGUUUUUACGAUCAUCCAACAUAUUUCAUCGUAGUAAAUCUAGGAAGUGAAAUGGAAACAGUUGACUUAUUAAAAGCAAGAGAUACUUUACCGCUUUUUUUGAAAGUUAAAGUUUCAAGUAUUAAUUCUGGCUAUGUGACCGGAAAUAUCUUACGUACCCAGAACAUUACAUUGAGACCAAAGGCAGCUGUUGUUCUCACGACAGCUAGGAUCAACGAAGAUUCCAUCUGACCACACUAUUAGGAAUUAAUUAUUAUAUCAUAAUCAAAAUUUAUCUAAUUUUAAGUUUUUAAUAGUUCAAAAAACUCUCCAUGAUUUGAAAUUCAUUCGAUAUCUAGAGAUUUUUGGAUAAAAAUUAGUUAAAAAUUGAAUUGUAGAAAAUUUGUAUAAUAAAUUAAACUUUAUUAAAAAAAUUGAUUUUCCUUUUUUUGAGUAAAAGCUAUUUCUAAAGUGUAAA